CCUAAGUCCCAUAGAAUCACCCAAUCAUUUUGUGCUACGUCACUACUGCGUCCAGUCGGGUGUUUCCCCCAGCUACAGUUUGAGACGCAGUUGGCUUUGUGCUUGUGGUGUCUUGAUCAACAAUAGUUCAGCAUGUAUUGUGAUAAGGCAAUAUUGGACCCAAGGUUCGAUGUACCAAAUAAAAUACUUCGAAACUUGUCGGAGGACCCCACUUUCAAAGCAUCCGAGUAUUUCGACAAGUUUGCUUCACUUGAAACGAAUUUAGAUCGAAUAAAUUUUGUCUACCAAAAUUUCGAAAAAUUUGAAGCAUAUCCUCCUUUAAUAAGUGACAAUAAGGAUGACCUGCUGGCUGGAACAGCAAGGGAAACUGGAAAUGGACAUUUUGGACGUGGCGAAUUCAGAAAAGCUCUGGAUUGUUACACGAGGAGUAUCCAAACAGCUAAUACUAAGGAAGUAAUGGCACUGGGUUUUGGUAAUAGAUCAGCAGCUUUAUUGAAAUUGGGAUUCUACGCGGAGUGUUUGACGGACAUAAAUCGCGCCCUUAAAAAUGAGUACCCCGACAAGCUAAAAUUUAAAUUACUGGCGAGACAAAAUUUCUGCAAAGGCCAAACAAUCGUGGAAAAUAACGCUUACGACCCAGUUCCAACAUUUCCCGCUUUUGAAAAAAAUGCUUCCAUUCAGUGUGCAAGAAACUGCAUUGAAAUCAUGCAAAAUGAGCGGUACGGACGCCACGUAGUUGCAACCAGAAACAUCGAAAUGGGGGAAAUUCUAGCAAUUGAAAAACCGUACGCUUCUAUCGUAACAGAUUCAGUUUCUGUUUACUGCCACGAGUGUUUGAAACUUUGUUAUAACAUGAUACCUUGCGAUAAAUGCACGAAGGCAUUGUAUUGCAGUGAUAAUUGCAAGGACAAAGCUUACGAAAGCUACCACAAGUACGAAUGUCCGAUUCACUUGUCCCUUGAUCCUUUACUAAUCGACUCUUCGAAACGAUUGGCUUUAAGAAUUGCCCUUAUUUCGAGAAACGAAUGGGCUGGGAGUCUCCUAAACGAAAGUCCAGAUGAAAUGUAUUGUUCUGACAGAUUUAAGGAAGUGUUCAAUUUGGACCAAAACGUACGACAACGCUUCACUCACGACUUAUUCGGUCGAACUACCAUAGCUUGCGGAGUUUUCUAUUUGAUUAAAAAAUACACCACGUUUUUGCAAGAAUAUGACGAGGACCGUUUCAAAGAAAUCCUCCUGUCGUUACUUUUGAUCUGUAGUACUAACACAGUGCGUGUUAACGAAGUUAGUUCCACUUUGGGAGAAUACGACGUUUGUGGUUUUGCCUGUUCACAUUAUCCGUUUUUUUCCAUGUUCAAUCACUCCUGCUGGCCCAAUGUUUGUCGCUCUUACCAUGGCUCCCAAAUGGUCCUUAGGGCCAUUCGUACCAUUAAAAAGGGCGAGCAGUGUUUUGUGACCUAUGGUCCUAGUUAUUUGUCGGAUAAUAUAGUGGGGAGGCAGGCUUUUCUGUUCUUUCAUUACUUUUUCAAUUGCGGGUGUAAAGCGUGUGUGGAAAGCUGGCCUAAGAAGAGUAUCGUAGAUAUGUUUAUUAAAAGUUGUCGAGAGCAAGGUGAAAACUUUUUCUGUGCUCUUCUGAGACGGAAGUUAGUAAGAGAAGCUGAUGCGGAUGUUGCCAGAAAGCACAUUCCUUCUUUGCUAGUUAAGGCUAAAUUUGAAGAAUUGUAUCUUCCGCCUGCUGAGGAUUUCUUCGUGAAUGAUACAUUGGAUUUUUGUUACAGUGUGCUUGGUAAUAAAAGAAGAGUUCUAACUCACGAUUUAUUCGGUCGAACUACUAUAGCUUGCGGAGUUUUCUAUUUGAUUAAAAAAUACACCACGUUUUUGCAAGAAUAUGACGAUGGGGACCGUUUCAAAGAAAUCCUCCUGUCGUUACUUUUGAUCUGUAGUACUAACACAGUGCGUGUUAACGAAGUUAGUUCCACAUUGGGAGAAUACGACGUUUGUGGUUUUGCCUCUUCACAUUACCCAUUUUUUUCCAUGUUCAAUCACUCCUGCUGGCCCAAUGUUUGCCGCUCUUACCAUGGCUCCCAAAUGGUCCUUAGGGCCAUUCGUACCAUUAAAAAGGGCGAGCAGUGUUUUGUGACCUAUGGUCCUAGUUAUUUGUCGGAGAAUAUAGUGGGGAGGCAGGCUUUUCUCUUCUUUCAUUACUUUUUCAAUUGCGGGUGUAAAGCGUGUGUGGAAAGCUGGCCUAAGAAGAGUAUCGUAGAUAUGUUUAUUAAAAGUUGUCGAGAGCAAGGUGAAAACUUUUUCUGUGCUCUUCUGAGACGGAAGUUAGUAAGAGAAGCUGAUGCGGAUGUUGCCAGAAAGCACAUUCCUUCUUUGCUAGUUAAGGCUAAAUUUGAAGAAUUGUACCUUCCGCCUGCUGAGGAUUUCUUCGUGAAGGAUACAUUGGAUUUUUGUUACAUUGUGCUUGGUAAUAAAAGAAGAGUUUAAUUUUUUGUUUGACUCUUUACAAGUUUAUAUAAUGUGAGAAUUGACACGUUAAGUUUAAGAGAAGGAGAAUCUAAUUUUGAUUUUAGUAAACAGUUUUAUAAGAAAAAACAUCUUUAUGUUUAACAACAAAG